AUGGGUCUACACGACAUCUUCGACUUUGACGAACCGGCCUACCGCGCGAAAUGCGCAGAGCGCUCGACGCCCAAGCUGCAGGAGGAGGAGAUCAGGAAGCUCCGACAGCACUUUGCGACAAGCGCCUCGAUCGCGCUCGGCCUGUCGCACGCGGUACAGACGGCAGGGCUCACGGUGGGCGUGUCAGCCUUUGGGCUGCGCCGGUACUGGAUCGCCAAGCAGAAGCUCGCCAUCAUCCGCGAGGAGCUCACGCGGCGCGGGGUCGCCCUGCAUGACAUGACCAAGCGCGACGCGGGGAUCCCACUGGGCGCCUCGCUGGCGGGCAUGGGUCUGGGCGCGGGCGUCGGCCAUCUCGUGGGCGACGUCGUCGCGGCACCGGAUGUGCCGCUGCCCGGACCACAUGGGGGCGGGGGCGCGGCGCUGCAUCUCGUCAACGCGAACCCCGAGGACGCGGUGCAUGGGUUCGUGCAGGGCCUGUCGGACCAGGCCAACGCGGUGGGGCAGGCGAUCCACGGCGCGGUGCUGAGCCAUGGCGCAGAGCAGCUGGUCACGUCGGCUUCUGCCGAGGCUGGCAGUGGUCAUGCUGUCGGUUAUGCCGCGGGCCUCGCCGCUGCCAAGAAGAUGGAGGAGUUCCUGGGCGAGUGUGUCGGCGAGGCUGUCUUUGCCUACGCCAUGGAGAAGCUGCUGGAUCCGGAAAUUAAGCUCGAGCUGAGGCUGAAGGGGAAGUGCAGCCGCCUGCAGGGUCCCUUGGGUCAAUAUUGUCACGGCUGCCAACGCUCCAUCAGACAUGGCACCUUUGCACGACAGUUCGAUCUUUGCGAAGAUUGCUAUUACCAAGGGCAGACUUGUGUCUCCCCUGAUGAGCAUCGACUUUUUGUCUAUCUCAGAGCAAACUUUGAUCGAAGUCACCCGGACUUGAAUUCGGACGUAACUGUCUGCGGUACUUGCAAGAAAAAGAUCAUGCAAGGUCCAGUAUUCGCCUGCAAAACUCAUGACCUGAACAUCUGUGACCGAUGCUAUGAGAUGGACAAAGCUUGUGGAGACACUAGCCAUGUACUAUCUCGUCAGGUCAUCUAUAAGGGUGAGAAACACAUCAAGAGGCAGCUCACGGAAAAGGACAUGUGCCGAUUCUGCAAAGAGAAACUCAGUGAGGGCCCAUUUUAUUCCAGUGUGCUGGUAGUGGUGGAUACUAUGAUCUUUGUACCAGCUGUUACGUGA